AUGUCCAAUUUAAUCACUGAUAACUUCUUUUCUCGUACACUGGGUGUAUCAGCAGCCAUUCUCACAGCAUUAGCCGUAAAGUAUCCAGAUCGAGCUUUGUUUGAUGAGCACAGAGAAGGCAUCUCUCAUAAGAAGGGCUGGCCGAUUGUGGGCAGUUUACCUCAGAUUGUAAGCAAUGCAGAGAACAUGCACGAAUUUCUGCUCAGUGGGUUCGUCGCCAUGGAUACUCUUACAACUACAGCUUCAGCAUUAGGCAUGCCUCGUGCCAUUGCAACAGUAGAUCCUCGCAAUGUUGAGCACAUAUUGAAAAAUAACUUUGAAAAUUAUGCAAAGGGCCCACAAUUGAAUGCUGCCACAGGCGAUCUAUUUGGCCACGGUAUCUUCAAUGCAAACGGCGAACAAUGGAAGUACCAAAGAAAGACGGCAAGCUAUAUAUUCAACAUUAAGAACUUUAGAGAUCUAUUUACAGAGGUCUUUGUCAAGGAGAUCGAUGUCAUGUUUAAGGGCGUUUUAGAUAAAGCAGCAGUGUCCAAUCAAGUCAUUGAUUUCCACGACCUCAUGUUCAAGUUCACAUUGGAUUCCUUUAUUCUGCUUGGAUUUGGCGUUCAACUGCAUGCCCUGGACAGCCAAGAAAAGGUUCCUUUCGCUGCUUCAUUCGAUGAAUGUCAAUUGAAUAGUUUCCAACGUUUUAUCAACCCACUUUGGAGAGUAACAGAGCCUAUUGCUACCUUGCUUCAGCCUUGGAAGAAGAGUAUCAGUCAGCAUCUAGAGACUGUUGAUGGAUUCGCCAAUCAAGUCAUCGAGGGACGCAGAAAGCAGCUGGCUGACGGCGAGACCCACCACCGUGAUCUGCUGUCAAGAUUUAUGGAUGCGCGCAACGAGCAUGAUGAAUUAUUGAACAACAAGGAACUAAGAGAUAUUGUACUGAACUUUGUCAUAGCCGGUCGAGAUACCACAGCUCAAGCACUGUCUUGGACAUUCUACAUGUUACUGCUCCAUCCUCGCGUAGAAUCAAAGCUUCUGAAGGAGGUUGUCGAGAAUAUUACUGACGAUGUAGCUAAUGAUCCUGUUGCAUUGUAUGAGGCCAUUAAAAAUAUGACAUAUGCCCAUGCUGUAUUCUAUGAGGUAUUGCGUUUAUAUCCCUCCGUACCUAACAAUCAAAAGUAUGCACUCAACGACGACGUUUGGCCCGAUGGAACUCAUAUUCGCAAGGGAGACUAUGUAAUGUGGUGUCCCUAUGCUCAAGGAAGGUGUACAAAAGUGUGGGGCCCUGACGCAAGAGAAUUCAAACCUGAAAGAUGGAUUACUACAGAAGGCGAUCUUCGUCGUGAAUCUCAGGGACAAUGGCCUGCAUUCCACGCUGGACCCCGUGUUUGCCUUGGCCAAAACCUGGCCACUUUGGAAGCUCUUGUUGCUAUGGCCUUCCUUGUAAAGCGAUACAAAUUCAAAUUGGUUUCUGGUCAAAACAUCACAUAUCAAGUCUCUUUAACUUUGCCUAUGAAGGAAGGCAUGAAGGUUUACAUAGAGCGUCGAUAA